UCCAACAAGAAAAUGGGAGUUCUCCCUCUCCUCCUCCGCGGAGCGCCAAAGCGCUUCCUCCGCGCUUCCGGGAGCUAUCGAUCGCUCUACGAAUCCAAUUCGCGGCGGCGGCGGCACGGCACGGAUGCAGCAGCGGCGGAUCAGGCGGUCAACUCCGGGGCCGAUCAUCGCCCCGACGAUCAGAUGCUGGAUUUUCCAGGCGCUAAGGCCGCAUUCACCUCGAGGAUGGAGUUUAUCUCGCCCAAUGCGGCCGAGGCCGUGCCGUGCUUCCGGAUUCUCGACGAUCUAGGGCGUGCUCUCGACGGAUCCGACAUCCCUGAGAUCGAUUCUUCUUUGGCGGUGAAGAUGUACCACACCAUGGUACGAUUGCAAACCUUUGACAGCAUUUUCUACGAGGCUCAAAGGCAAGGCCGGAUUUCUUUCUACUUGACUAACAUAGGCGAGGAAGCGCUCAACGUUGCAUCCGCGGCAGCUUUGACAAAAGACGACGUUGUCUUUCCCCAGUAUAGAGAGCAUGGCGUGCUAAUGUGGAGGGGUUUUACGCUUGACGAGUUUGCCAACCAGUGCUUUAGCAACGAAGAUGGGCACGGGAAAGGUAGGCAAAUGCCGAUUCACUACGGCUCGGAAAAACUUAAUUACUUCACAAUUUCGUCACCCAUAGCGACGCAACUUCCUCACGCCGUAGGAGCAGCUUAUGGACUGAAAAUGGACAGGAAAAAUGCGUGUGCCGUGACCUACUUCGGUGACGGUGGAUCGAGCGAGGGUGAUUUCCAUGCUGCUUGUAACUUCGCGGCGGUGCUAGAAGCUCCCGUCCUGUUUGUAUGCAGGAACAAUGGCUAUGCAAUAAGCACACCAGCAUGCGAGCAAUACAAAGGCGAUGGAAUAGUGGUGAGGGGCCGAGGCUAUGGCAUGACGAGUAUCAGAGUUGACGGAAACGACGCGCUGGCAGUCUUCAAAGCCGUAAGCGCAGCUCGCAAGCUCGCAGUGGAACAAAGCAAACCCGUCCUUAUCGAGGCAAUGACUUAUCGCGUCGGGCACCACUCCACGUCCGACGACUCCACAAAGUACCGGAGCGGAGAAGAGAUUGCGCACUGGAGAAGCGUCCGCGACCCGGUCCUGCGCUUCCGGAGAUGGCUUGAGAGCAACGCUUGGUGGAGUGUCGAGGACGAGAAGGAACUCCGAGGAGCGGCGCGAAAAGAGGUGAUUAGUGCAAUGAACCAAGCCGAGAAGAAGAACAAACCUCCAUUGUCCGAGCUCUUCACGGACGUAUACGACACUCUUCCGAGGAAUCUGCUCGAACAGGAGGCCACGUUGCGAGACACGGUAUCAAAAAAUCCACCAUCCCUGGCCCCGCACUGACAGGUAAGCCAACUUUAAAGCUCUGGAAUAUCUCGCCCUGGACAGGGAAUCAUGGAUAAGGACGUCAUUCUGCCACUAAA